GAACGGACCCCCCCGCGCGCUUCAGCAAAGUGGUUGCGCCCACUCAUUUACUUCCUGCUUCAUGGUUCCUUCUUCCAUGGCAAUCUCAGCUGUAAACGUACGAAUAAGUCUGUCAUAGUUGUACAGAUACAGUGACAACAUAACUGGCUGAAUUAAAGCCCUGUGUAAAAGGAAAGCACACACAGGCCUCCUACCUUGAAGACCUGAAAUGGCCUACUCACAGAUCCGCCUGAAAAUCCUCCCCAGCGUUCGCUGCUUCUUUGAUAAACUGGUACAGGUGAAAGUGGAGGGACUCGCUCCUCACAGACCGGUUGAGCUGAGAUCCAAACUAGUCGAUGACAGAGGGAUUGUUUUCAAGGCUUCUGCCCAAUACAAAGCAGAUGAAGCUGGACAGGUGGACGUCUCCCGUGCACCCUCUCUAGGAGGAAGCUACACCGGAGUGGAGCCCAUGGGUUUGUUCUGGUCCCUUGCAUCAGAGACUCCCCACAGUAAAGUUCUGAAGAAGAACGUGCUCACCCCAACACAGGUACAGAUAGAAGCACUGAGUGGAGACACUGGUGAGCUCUUAGCGUCUGAAACCAACGAGAGAGAAUACAUGACGGAGGGGAUGAAGAGGAUACCUGUGGAAGAGGGAAGAAUACGAGGAGUUCUUUUCGUACCACCAGGAAAGGGUCCAUUCCCAGGAAUAGUGGAUCUGUACACAUUUGGUGGAGGUCUCACUGAGCCCAGAGCCAGUCUCCUGGCCAAUAAAGGUUUUGUUGUUCUGGCACUGGCCUAUCUUGGCUACGGUGAUUUACCCAAAAAAGUCUCAAAGUUUGACUUGGAGUAUUUUGAAGAGGCUGUAACUUAUCUUAGGAGACAACCACAGGUCACAGGUCCUGGCAUUGGCAUCAUAUCGAUCUCUCACAGUGGUGGUAUCGCUUUGUCCAUGUCUUCAUUCCUCUCUGGGAUCUCUGCAACCAUCUGUAUUAAUGCCUGCAAUGCAAACACGGUGAUUCCAUUACACUACAAAGACAUUGUCAUACCCCCGCUUUAUCCGGUCGUAGAGAACAUAAAAUUCUUAGAUUCUGGGAUUCUGGAUAUACGCGAUGCUCUACCAGACCCGUCUUUGGAAGAGAACAGAGCGUCUUUGAUUCCAGUAGAACGUGCCAGCUGCCAGUUCCUCUUUGCUGUUUCUGAAGACGACCACAACUGGAACAGUAUGUUUUUCGCCAAGCAAGCCGUGGAAACACUCAGAAAACACGGGAAAAAGACCUACGAGCUGGUUACAUAUCCAAAAGCUGGGCACUUUUUGGAAGUCCCUCACAUGCCUUAUUGUGGAUCUACAUUUCACAGAGCGGUAGGGACCCCCGUGGUGUUUGGUGGGGAGCCAAAAGCCCACUCAGAAGCUCAGAUGGACCUGUGGGAACGAGUCCAGGAGUUCUUCAAGAGCCACUUAGUCAACAAGAGUGCUUGUUAGCAAGCAAUGCUGCAUCAAGUGUAACAAGCAUCCUAGAGCUCCAAGCAUCCUAGAGCUGCCAUCUUCAGCCAUGCUUGACCUCGCCUUUAGUUUCUAAUGAAUUAAGUUUUCUGAAGAGCGUUCAAUGGUACUGUAGUAUCACCGUCUUCCAACAAUCUCAGUAUGCCUUUAUAAGCUUUAAUGUUGUUCACACAACACUGAAGUAUUAAUUCAGAUAUGAUUCUUUUUUCACAGCAGAUAUUUGUACUUA